CGGCGUCGCCUUGGGAACGAGGCGCGAGAACCGUUAGAAGAGGAGGCGUUUCUUUUACCUGAAGGGAAACCGACGACGGGAGCUUUUUUUUCCGAGCGAGGGCUUCCCUCAUGGCGGCCGAAAAGGCUCUGGACUUUCUCAAAUGCUGUUCUUGGGGACCUUUGGGUGAUGUAAGAAUUUGAUGGAAUUACUUGAGACCUGAAGGGCAAAAAAGAUCCAGUGUUCACUUGGAUACAGGUCCAUUAACACUCCAGGCCCAUCCACAACAUGGCCGAAGGCGGCUUUGACCCCUGCGAGUGUAUUUGCGCGCAAGAGCACGCCAUGAGAAGGUUGAUCAACCUGUUACGGCAAUCCCAGUCCUACUGCACGGAUACAGAGUGCCUUCAGGAAUUGCCAGGACCAAAUCCAUCCGCCGAGAACGACAUCAGUGUCACCAUGAUUAUGGUGGGCUGGCUGGUUGUAGCGCUGGUCUUGUUCUUGAUGAGACCCAUCAGCUUAAGGAGAUCGAUUACUUCUGAAAAGCCGUCGAGCCCACAUAACGGGCACGGACCACCAGCUCCAGCUGUGGACUGAAGUUUCCUGGAAAAACUCAACAAGUUUAAUCUUCAGUGACCAAAAGAAAGAUCCCAGCAUUCCUUAUCAUUGAACAGUAGGGUCCUGUUCUGUACAUAGAAUAUCCGUUUUCUUUUUCUAUUUCUUAAACGACAUUUAAAUGGAUUAUCUUAACGUGGUGGGAAGUGACAGCAUUUCAUUGAUGAGUGUUGAACAUAUGUCCGCUGCAAUAUUUAAAGAAAAAAAGUUAAAUCUCUCUCUAUUGAUAAUCAGUUGAUCUUGUUCAGACUAGUGGGUUUUCUCUUCCUAUCUAUUUAGAGAUUAAAAAAAAAAUUACAGUGAA